AUCUCAUUUCCGGUGUGUGACUGGAAAAGUUACGUAUAACCUUUCGUGAAUGCUUGGCUCUGACGGAGGAACUUGGUAAACGUUAAAAAGAAAAAAGAGCUUUGACUUGCAGGUGUCUGGGAUCUGGGGUUCAGAGAACAGCAGCCCUGCACCUGGGGUCUGCCCCGGAGGCUUGUUUUGGAACAGAUGGCAGGAAAAAAAAAAAAAAAGAUGGCAGUGGCGAGAGAAAAUGCAGAGCCCAGGGAAAUGAGGCGUCUGGUGCGGGGAGAAGAGAGCACCACUUCGGAAGCCGUGUGGGUGGGGAAACGGACUAGUCAGGAAAUCUUACCCAAAACUAAAGGGUCGGAGCGGUUUAGCCACUUCAGAUCUCAUGGAGAUUUUUUGUUGUUAUUGUUAUUGUCUAAUAAAGUUAAAAGGUAAUUUCCAAGGGAUGAAAAGAACACUGCAGAAACUUUGGAAAUGCUCGAAGUGUAACGAGAGAUGAAGCCCAGCAGGUGCCUGGCAGGAGGGCAGACGUCGGCAGAGUCCGGAGGCUCCCAGGCGGAAGAGGGCUCUCCCCUCUCUGGCCGCCUUCACCAUGAUCCACAGUCUCUUCUUGAUCAACUCCUCGGGGGACAUUUUCCUGGAGAAGCACUGGAAAAGUGUGGUCAGCCGUUCCGUGUGUGAUUACUUUUUCGAGGCGCAGGAGAGGGCCACGGAGGCAGAGAACGUGCCCCCGGUCAUCCCCACGCCUCACCACUACCUCCUCAGUGUGUACCGCCACAAGAUCUUCUUCGUGGCCGUGAUCCAGACGGAGGUCCCGCCUCUGUUCGUCAUCGAGUUCCUUCACCGAGUAGUGGACACCUUCCAGGAUUAUUUUGGAGUGUGCUCAGAGCCAGUGAUCAAAGACAAUGUGGUUGUUGUAUAUGAGGUAUUGGAAGAGAUGCUGGACAAUGGGUUUCCACUGGCUACCGAGUCCAACAUCCUCAAAGAACUGAUAAAGCCUCCCACCAUCCUGCGAACAGUCGUCAACACCAUAACAGGCAGACCAGGUGGUGACAAGGAGUUUUUAAAAACGGACUGGGUUACCCCACGUGGAAGUGGAGCAGUCUCUCCUCUCCUCCUUGAAAGAGUCUUCAGUUGUGUGUAUGAACGAAGCACCAAUGUGGGAGACCAGCUUCCGACCGGACAGCUGUCGGUGGUGCCGUGGCGGCGGACUGGCGUGAAGUACACCAAUAACGAGGCCUACUUUGAUGUGAUUGAAGAGAUCGAUGCUAUCAUUGAUAAGUCAGGCUCCACCAUCACUGCCGAGAUCCAGGGGGUCAUUGACGCCUGUGUCAAGCUGACGGGAAUGCCAGACCUGACACUGUCCUUCAUGAACCCCAGGCUGUUGGAUGAUGUCAGCUUCCACCCUUGUGUCCGGUUCAAGCGCUGGGAAUCGGAGCGGAUCCUCUCCUUCAUCCCUCCAGACGGCAACUUCCGCCUGCUCUCUUACCAUGUCAGUGCACAGAAUCUGGUCGCGAUUCCCGUGUACGUGAAACAUAGCAUCAGCUUCCGGGACAGCAGUGCCCUGGGCCGCUUUGAGAUCACGGUGGGGCCCAAGCAGACGAUGGGGAAGACCAUAGAGGGGGUGCUGGUCAGCAGCCAGAUGCCCAAGGGCGUCCUGAACAUGAGCCUCACGCCGUCGCAGGGCACGCACACCUUCGACCCCGUGACAAAGAUGCUGUCCUGGGAUGUAGGAAAAAUAAACCCCCAGAAGCUGCCGAGUCUCAAGGGAACCAUGAGUCUCCAAGCCGGGGCGCCCAAGCCCGACGAGAACCCCACGGUUAACCUGCAGUUUAAGAUCCAGCAGCUGGCCAUUUCCGGACUCAAAGUGAACCGCCUGGACAUGUAUGGCGAGAAGUACAAACCCUUUAAGGGCAUAAAGUACAUGACCAAAGCCGGAAAGUUCCAAGUUCGAACCUGAGAGGCGGAGAGUGUUGCCCAGGGAACAGUCACGAACUUUUUCAUUUCUUCCUUGUCUAAAAGUUAAAAAAAAAAAAAAAAAAAACCACCUGUCUCCUAGGUCAGUCCCUGCAGGACCCACCUGCCCCUUGUCUUCUGUAGCUCCCGCACCCCGGAGCUCACGGAGGGAAUCGGGUCCCACGGAGAAGCGGACGGAGUGAGACCCACUCAGAGCCACCUGGUCCUCCAAGGCAGAGGCGGCGAUGGAACAGCACGCACCCAGGAGGGCCAGCAGGGGUCGCUGGCGUGGCUGCGGUCGCCUAAAGCCAGCUAAGGGACUCUUGAUUAAGGCAGAAGAAAGGAAGAAACGUGAAUGUGUGUCAAAGAAAGGCCAGUGGAGGAUCUGACUUGAGAGGGAGAAGAAAGACCGGCGAGGCCGGAUCCUGCACUGAUGGUUGCAGAUAGCGCGUCUUUCCCUCGUCCCAGACCAUUGAACUCAGUUCCUGGUGCAGGGCCCGGCCCCGGCCUUUUCCCUGCGAGCUGAGCCUUCACAGGAGUCAGAAAAGGCAAACCGGCCGCGGAAGUGAUGCUCCCGUCACCCCCAGAGCAGCCACAUGUCUGUGCCGUGGCACUGGGGCAGAGGGGGCCAACCACAGCCGGAGCCCGGGGGUCCCGCGUGGCUGUGCAGGGCAGUGCUGGGCUGGGCCUGGUCCCCAGCCCGCCUGCCUGGCGCUCCCUGAGCCGCCCCAUGAAGACGAGCGCUUUCCCUGCAGGGUACGGCCGGUCCUUGAGUGUUGAUGGACACGAGGUAGCUCCCACUCCACCUUGGGUUCAGGACCAAAAGAAAAAAAAAAUCCUUGAAAUCUUUGAAUAAAUCAGUGCUGCAAGAGGCAGGUGACAGCGCGGUUUCAGAAACCUGCAAGGGAAGCCCCUCGGCCUUCCCCAGUGGGGUUUAUUCUAGUUCCGUGGGAGUUAGCCAUUUCAAUACUUACAUAUAACAUACAGCGUAAGGGGUGGUGGUGUGCUGUGCUUUGUGCGCGCAGACAAAGGAGGGGCUGCGAGUACCCAGCCCUGGGACCAGUGUGCCUGGAGUCCUGUUGGCAGGAUUGGUGCGGGUGUUUCCUUUCCCGCUGGGGGCCACCUUUGCUGCCGACUUGGCAGUCCUCGUGGUUUUCCUGUAGGGCGCGCUGUGCUUCGCGGAAACGCGCGGGCUUACCGUCCCAGCAGCCCGGCGGGCCCUGCGUGUCCGCCCGUGCACACAUUCCCACAGAGAGGCGGCCAGCACGCGUCUGUCCAGGCUUCAAGUGCAGCUGCUGGCUCCUGUCGAGGGCCACCCAGCUUCCAGGGACGUCGCCGGGAAGCAGCAAAGGGUCUGGACUGUGGGACCUGCAGGCCUACACAUCCGUGCAGUGGCCGUCCAUCCCCGGGCUGCAGGCUGUGGCGUGCAGCCCUGCCCAGCUGUGGGUCAGCAUGCGCGGGCCGGUGCCGCCUCGGGCUGUUUGCUUUGUGUGUGUGUGUGCGCGCGUGUGACACGUGAAGUCGCCUCUCUAUUUAAAUGACAAUGAAGUUGAGUCUUAGC